CGUGCUCCCCCCCCGGCCCCUGAGGCGGUAAAUUGGUUUAUUUCUCUGGGUCUUGAAGCCCGAGACCGAGUCACCUCUCUGGGGCGCGCGCUGACAGGCCAUUAAGUUACCCAGCCCCGUCAGGAGCCCACCCCAGCACGGGGAGUGGCUGGAGCCGGCUCCUCAGGGCUCUGCUUCCCGGUCCUAGAUGCCGCCUGCUGCUCGUUAGACGGGACGGACUGACCACGAUGGCCCUGCAGUCGGAUGAGAGCGACGUUGAGGACCUGCCAAAGUUCACUUUUCUAAAGGAACAGCCUCCUGCGGGAAAAAGCGGCAGCUGCCAGCCUCCUUCAAAGGAGAGAGUUGUGGUGAUCUGCAGCUCUGACUCUGAGGAAUCCUCUCCUCCUUCCCCGGGGUUGGAAAAGUUCCCUGGCAACCAGGAUUCUGACCGAGCCAGCUCUUGUAAGGAUGCGAUUGCAAGGCUGAGCAGUGAGAGUGAGGAGGAAGAGGAGAUAAUACCCUUGUCUGAAAGACUAAGGGGGAAAUUGGUGAACAGCGAGUCCUCCAAAACUAGUAUUUUGCUUUCUGAGGCCCAGCAACCGAGUAGCUGUGAUGCAGUGUGUAAAGCUAGGGAUACUGUGCUCCGUCAGAACUAUGAACAGGUGGUUACUGACUGCAGAGAACAGUUGCUGCCAAAGGCUUCUGACACCCAGACAAAAACCCCUGUCUCAUCCUGGGAAAUUUCAGAUAGUGACCAAGAUGAUGCCACAGAGGAUUCCAAGAGGGUACCUUUGCACCGGCCUCCAGUUUGCCUGUCAGACUCUCCAGCCCGGAGCAGCAGGCCUCUGGUGGCAGAGGCAAGUUCAGAAAUGUCUCCCCCUCAGAAGAAGUCAAAACACAGCCAGGAGGAGAGAGAGAGGGCUCGUCAGGCUGCGUUGCAGAGGAGGAGAGAGCGGGAAGUGCAGAAGGAGCAGCGGGAACAGGACCGAGAGAGGAAAAAGGCACUUGCCAACAUGCUGAAGGCCCAGCGACCAGAAGAGUGCCUGAAGCACAUAACAGUGGUGCUGGAUCCAGUUCUCUUGCAGAUAGAAGGAGGUGGGCAAGUCCUCAGUGCUUUGCAGGCCAUGAACUGUGGCUGUGUGAUUGAGAGUCAGGCUGUUCCCUGUAGCAUCACCUGGAGGAGGAGGAGGGCUGGGUCAUCUCAGGUUGAAGAAGGCAGCUGGAUAGAAGAACCCAAUAUCCUGGUUCUGCUUCGCCUGGAGGAUUUUGUAUCCAUGAUCUACAGCUACAGGCAGGAAGUCCAGGGUGGCACAGAAGGACCAAAAGAGACUUUACGGAGCUUCGUAGCUUGUGUCAUGGAGAGAGCUCCUGGGAAAACUCUAGCACUGGCUGUAGUUGAACUAGAAAAAUAUUUCAGAUCUCACAAAGUUCAGUCCCGGAAGAAGCUGCGGCAGGCAGUGCUGAAUGGAAGCCAAGUAGAAGGACAAGGGAAACAGAAAAAACGGAAGGGAAAGCGGGAUUCUGGCCCAGAGCUGUCCAGGGUGGAAGUGGAAGAAGCAUUGGUCGAUCUGCAGCUUCACACAGGAGUCCAGGUUAGAAUCCUCGAGAGUUGGAAGGAACUUGGAGACUUUGCCAGUACGUUCACCAAAGCAGUAGCUGAAGCACCAUUCAAGCAAGAGCGAGAAAAGACCGGCUUCUCCUUCUACCUGGAGAGUGAGUGGUGUAGAGGGGUGAAGGUGGACCGCUCAGGGAAGGGACUCUCGCAGGUUUGGAAGAGGCAGAUCCAACAGUUCAACCGGGUCAGUCUGGAGAUGGCCAGCGCCAUUGUGGCCGCAUACCCUUCUCCGCUGCUUCUGGAUCAGGCCUAUCGUAGAUGCCUUUCAGAGCGGGAGCAACAGAACCUUCUCGCUGACAUACCUGUGCGCCGUGGCAAUGGCGUAACUGCCACAUCACGGCGGAUUGGACCAGAACUCUCCAAACGGAUUUACCUGCAGAUGACCUCUCACCAUCCUGAUCUCUCUCUUGAUGUAACUGGCUAGCCCAAGAGAACAUGGAUUUUACUGGUUGCCUGGUUAAACGUAUUCAUCUCCCUUCUAGGAGGAAAAGUGUAUUAACUAAUAAAUGGGAGUCAUGGGUCUUGCUUGUAAAGACUUAAUCUGUUUCUGAAGCCUGCAAUGGAGAACACCUGCCCUGUGGCACAAGGAUGCCUGAAAUGCUCUACAGGUGGUGUUUUCAGAUGGCACUGAGAUGUUUUCCUUGGCCAAGGUGCUGUGAUACUGCCCUCAAGUGCAGUAGUGAUAGUUUCUUUCUGCCCGUGAUAAAUUGCAUUUUCUGUCCUGGGAAUAAAUCUUUACUCUUCGAUGUAUUAGGAUUGCUGUAUGGGGCCAGCUCUCCUCUACAUGAGCCAAGCUAUUUCCAGUGUCAUCCUUUAAGGAAAUCAGCUGCUACUAUUUGUCCUUUCCCACACCAGUGAGUUUAAAAAAAACCCAAAACCUAACGCUAAUACUGGAGAGACAUUGGCUCAUUCAUAGCUGUCUAAUAACACUUGCUUGGAAACAGCACAACCCUGUAGUCUAUUAGAAUGGGAGAAUUUUAUCUCUGGUAUAGAAAGAAAGAAUUCCCCCCACCCCUCAACAAUGAAAGAUGUUUUGUAUCCCACUCAGGUACAAAGUUUAGACCUGCACUGACUCAAAGGCUCCAGCUGCAGCUUGAUCGAUGGGGGCCUGAAGUGUGAUUUAUGGAUUAGAGGCUGAGUGGAGCUCUAACAGGCUUUAUUUGCAGCAAGAGAUGCUUUAAGCUAGGGAGCAUCUGCCUUUGGUAUGUGCACUUCACUUCCCCUGAAGCCAUCAGCACUCAAAUACAUGUGUGAGGGCAGCUGAGGUCUUUCAGUAUUCAUGUAACAAAGCAGUUAUUGAAAUGAGCACUAAGUAAAGUCAAAUGCUAUGCAAUGUAUAUAACUUAUUGCACUUGUGACACUACAGAGCAGAAAAUAUCCAUUUUUCUCUAAUA